UAUGCCCAAUAUCAUGGACAGCAAUGACAUUUCGCCGGUGUCCGAUGUUCCCAUGAGAAAGAAAGGGGCCAGUGGUGGUGGAUUCUCCCGGUUCGGAGCACCGGGCGUCUCUGGCAACAACUGCACAAGUAGCAGCAGUAGUAGCAAGAGUUGCGUGGAGUCCAAGGCGGAAGACAAAGGGGGUCAAGCCGCCCAGAGAUUUAAGUUUGGCGCAGCAAAUCACGCCAGCAUGGAUGAGGCGGACGAUGGAGAAGAAGAGUCGAAGUUUCAGCACCCGCGACUGCGCCGAGCCGGUGGCAGCAGCAGCGGCGGUGGUGGAGGAGGUGGAGGAGGCAGCAUCCGGAUGAAAAACUUUACGCCAGGAGGGGGAGCCGCGUCUACGGCGCGUAAGAGGUCCAGCAUCAACGAGCUGCCUUCUGCGCAAGGGGAGCAAGCAGCCACUUCCUCCGACGCCGCCGUAGCAACCAAACCGUCUGCAGCUCCGACGACGUGCCAGGCGGGACAUGCUGCCCCGCGAAACGAGCCCGUCAGAAGCGGGGACGGGCGAGCGAACACUACCGUAGUAGCGGUCACGGUAGAGGCGACGCAUGCUCCAGGUGAUGGAAGCACCAGCACGGGUCUAGCCUCCAGCAUGAAAUGCAACAAAAACGGGGAAUGCCGGAGGGACUCCGGGACUGGGAGCCUCCGUUCAAUCAUGUCCAAGCCGGACAAGCAGGGCCGGGCGGAGGACGGCAGCAAGCCCGGCGUCUGUAACUCCAGCACUGCCAGCAUGGACGGGAUGACCACACCUGUCGGGUCUUUGACGCUGGGCCACGGGGGCGACACGGCCGGAGGCAACACCCCGGUCUCCGGUGGGGUGCCUGAGAAAAAGGACUCGAAAGUCUCCUUCUCUAACGCGCCCAGCCGGAAAGCCUCGUCAUCGGUGCACGGCGCAACGCACCCCGGGGCCCAGCAGCCGCGGAAUUCCGUUACCUUCCAAAAGACAGAGGAUGGACCGGCGAUCGUGGCGGCGGCCGCGGAGGACACCGACGCUGGGGGCAGCCAGGCGAGUUUCAUGCAGCGCCAGUUCAGUAGUAUGCUACAGCCAGGAGUUAACAAAUUCUCCUUGCGCAUGUAUGGAAGCCAAAAGGCGGUGGAGAGGGAACAGGAGCGAGUCAAGUCGGCGGGGAACUGGAUUAUUCACCCGUACAGUGACUUCAGGUUCUACUGGGACUUCACCAUGCUGCUGUUCAUGGUGGGCAACCUGAUCAUCAUCCCCGUGGGCAUCACCUUCUUCAAGGACGAGACCACCACGCCCUGGAUCAUCUUCAAUGUGGUCUCUGACACCUUCUUCCUCAUGGACCUGGUGCUCAACUUCCGCACCGGCAUCAUCAUGGAGGACAACUCCGACAUCAUCCUGGACCCCAAGACCAUCAAGAUGCGCUACCUGAAGACCUGGUUCAUUGUGGACUUUGUCUCGUCCAUCCCUGUGGAUUAUAUCUUCCUCAUCGUGGAGAAGGGCAUCGACUCCGAGGUGUACAAGACGGCACGCGCCCUCCGCAUCGUCCGCUUCACCAAGAUCCUCAGCCUGCUGCGUCUGCUGCGCCUGUCCCGCCUCAUACGCUACAUCCACCAGUGGGAGGAGAUCUUCCACAUGACCUAUGACCUGGCCAGUGCAGUCAUGCGCAUCUUCAACCUCAUCGCCAUGAUGCUGCUGCUCUGCCACUGGGACGGAUGCCUGCAGUUCCUGGUGCCGAUGCUGCAGGACUUCCCCUCCGACUGCUGGGUCUCCCUCAACAAGAUGGUGAAUGACACGUGGAGUGAGCUCUACUCCUUCGCCGUCUUUAAGGCCAUGAGUCACAUGUUGUGCAUUGGCUACGGCCGGCAGGCCCCCGAGAGCCUCUCGGACAUCUGGCUAACCAUGCUGAGCAUGAUCGUGGGGGCCACCUGCUACGCUGUCUUCAUCGGCCAUGCCACCGCCCUUAUCCAGUCGCUCGACUCCUCACGCAGGCAGUACCAGGAGAAGUACAAACAAGUGGAGCAGUACAUGUCUUUUCACAAGCUUCCAGCUGACUUCCGGCAGAAGAUCCAUGACUACUACGAGCACCGCUAUCAAGGCAAGAUGUUUGACGAGGAGAGCAUCUUGGAGGAGCUUAACGAGCCACUCCGAGAGGAGAUCGUCAACUUUAACUGCCGUAAGCUGGUGGCCUCUAUGCCCCUGUUUGCCAACGCUGAGCCCAACUUUGUGACGGCCAUGUUGACCAAGCUGCGCUUCGAGGUCUUCCAGCCGGGAGACUACAUCAUCCGUGAGGGCACCAUUGGAAAGAAGAUGUACUUCAUCCAGCACGGUGUGGUCAAUGUGCUCACCAAGGGCACCCUGGGCAUGAAGCUGUCCGACGGAUCCUACUUUGGUGAGAUAUGCCUGCUGACGCGCGGGAGACGGACGGCGAGUGUGCGGGCGGAGACGUACUGCCGCCUCUACUCGCUCUCCGUUGACCACUUCAACGAAGUGCUGGAGGAGUACCCCAUGAUGAGACGCGCCUUUGAGACCGUGGCCGUGGACAGACUGGACCGCCUAGGCAAAAAGAACUCCAUCCUGAUCCACAAGGUGCAGAAUGACCUCAACACCGGCGCCUUCAACAACCACGAGAAUGAGAUGAUCCAGGAGAUCGUCAAGUAUGACCGCGAGAUGGUCAAGCUGGUGGACCUUCGCCGGCCACGUGCCAUGUCCAUGACGCCGUCCAUCGGAGGACUGUGGGCCGCGCCAGGAACGUCCGGCGGGGCGGCGGGCAGCUCGGCCAUCGCCACGCUCCAGCAGGCAGUCGCCAUGAGCUUCUGCCCGCAGAUGGCCAGUCCACUGGUGGGGCCCUCGGCUGGCACGCUGCAGUCGCCCCGCAUGGUGCGGCGUUUCCAAGUGGUCCAGAACCUGUCCAGCCCGGUGGCACUGUCCCCGCUGCAGGGUCAGCCUCCAGGUGUCGGCGCCUUCGCAUCUGCGCUCUCUUCGCCGCCCGUGCAGAGCCCACUGGCCGCUACCAGCGCUCGGACCUUCCAGUAUGCCGCUGCAGCUGCUGCUGCGGCCGCCGCCGCCGCCUCCUCGGGCGGCUCAGUGUCCAGCCCGCUGGCCGGCGUCCCCUCGGGCUCGCAGCUGUCCCUGGUGCAGGCCACCCUUGGGGGGGUCGGGGGGGCAGGCAGCCCCACCCAGCGCAGCGCAGCGCACAAGAGCACCCACUCGCUGCAGGCGGCCGGACUGAGCCAGAAUGUCCGCGCACUGUCCGCCUCGCAGCCCUCGUUGCCCCAGGAGACGGGCCCCGGGGGGGGUACGGCGGCUGGUCCAAGAGGGCCAGGGGCCCCGCUCGCUGGGCCCAGUCCACCUCCCUCCGCCCGUGUCUCCUCCAGCUCCAUCGGCUCCCCCCUGCGGCCCCCCCAGACGCUGUCGGCCGUGCCCGGCCCCUCGGGGGUCAUCAGGAGUGCCCUGCCCCAGCGCAUGGGUGCCUCAGCGUCCGGAACCUUCACCUCUCCCACCCCAACCACAGGACCUGCCCCUGCCCCAACCCCUGGACCUACCCCCAGCACCCCCACCCCCACCCUCUCGGCCUCCACGUCCGCCUCUGGCCAAAAGGACACCAAGCUGCGCAAGAAGGACUCCAUAGUCAGCCUCCCGGAGAUGGACGCGGCCAGGUCGCGCCUCUCCUCUAACCUCUGACCCCUAAGACCCACACCCUCACCCCAGCCUACGGACGCCCCAAAGCCGGCCACAGUCUGGGUUUCCCCUGACCAGACGUAAACACAGACGCGCACCGCAUUGCAGCGCACCCCACACACCUCCCCAGCUGCAGCAGCAGAGUUCCGUUGCCACGGUGCCACCUUUGUGAAUCACAAUGGGGUUCCACCUCUGCCCCUGUGGGGUGGUGGUCUGGCCCUGAGGACUAUGGGAGCGCACUGACGUCUCUGACAAUAAGGGAUGCUGUUCUACCAGAGACUGUAUUGCCGUGGAAACCCUGAGAGGGGGCGGAUGACUGCUAGACAUGCUACUAAAUAAUACAAACCUCUAUACUAUUAAUAGAAGUGUGUGCUUGUGAGUUUAUGUGUGAGUGUGUUUGUGAGUGUGUGUGUGUGUGCACGUGCGCGUGUAUGUGUGUGUGUGCGCGCAUGCACGUGUGUCUCCACCGGUGUAGUCCUAUUCCACCUUGCUUUUAAACCCCUUCUAUAUUGUUGUCCUAACUGUAAAGUAUAUGGGGAAACAAGAAAAUACUGUAUUUAAACGCUGCCGUUGUAUAUCAGUAGAACACAUACCAUGCAAUCUAGCCGGAGGCAAGGGAAUAUCAGGGACUUGCAUCAAAUGACAAUGAUGAAAAUUUUAUGCUUUGCAAAUGUGUCUUUUAAGUGUCCAUUUUUCUGUAUAAGCUAUUGUAGCAAAACUAAUUAAUUGUUAUUCAUAUUGUUGAAAAAUAUAAAUGAAAAAUAGUGUUAUAGACCGCUGGUCGAUCUUAAAUCGAUAUAUACUGUAUGUAAAUAAGUCUAAGGGAAAAAAAGGAAAAAAAUAACUAGCAAUGGAGAAAAAAAGAAAUAUCCUCAUUGUAUAUCUACUCCAAACCAAAGUUGAGCUUGAACACAAAGUUUGGUUGUGUCUGUGUCAACUGGUCUAAUACAAAAGAAACUGCUGUUUAUGUAACUGCCUUGACCCCAAGUUUAGAAGCCAUAUUUAUGGUUUGUCUUUGGGUGUGGGUGUGUGUCCGAGUGUUUUUGUUUGUGGGUUUGUCAGAGCAUGUUGGUGUGUGUAAGUGUGUGUGUGUGUGUGUGUGUGUGUGUGUGUGUGUGUGUGUGUGUGUAAGAAUGUGUGUGUGUUUGUGUGCCCACUGAUUUUUGAGGUCACUGUACUGCUUGUGUGUAUUUGAGUGUUGCUGUGUUGGGCUGUUUGAUUUGAUGACAAUUGCAAAGGCAAUAUCCCACUGCUUCUCUGUUGCACUGAGCAUGUCUUUGGAAGCAGGCGAAUGGUCCCGAGCCAGCGUCCCACGGGUCCCAACAGCAGCAGG